AUCGUGUGCAGGAUGCGUUUCACAUCCGUGUGUAUUUACUAUUGAACAGCAGCAGUAAAGAAAGCAACCAGCGGAGCGACAACACGAAAAUAUUUCAGACAUUUUGUUUUAUAAAUCAACUGUCCCUCAAAUACAGGAAGUGACAUCAACGCACACACUUCUUUUGUCUGACGACCUUAUCCGGAGGAAGUGAAGCUCAGGCAGCUGCUUCACCGGAGGGAAAAAAAAAAAAAAAAAAAAAAAAAAAAAAAAAAAAAAAAACAGGGGCAAAAACUUCACUGGUUUGCAGGAAUUUGGAUACAUUUUGGAAACUGUAUCGACACCGUCCGGAGCCUCGAGAGUUCCGGGGAGGGAGACGGAGUCGUCGUUACCGAAAUGAUGGAAGAUUCUCAUUUUAAUUCAUCGUAUUUCUGGUCUCCCAUCCCCACCGUACCAGGACAGAUUGAGAAUGCCAUGUUUUUGAACAAGGUGAAAGAGCAUCAGGAAAAGAAUGCUUCCUUCUCUUCCUCUGCGUCCCACUACCAAACAGCUCUUCUCACCAUCCCCACUCCUGGGACAAAGACAGAUGGCGGAGGGCAGGCAGGUAGUGUGGCACACCUCCACCCUCCUCACAGCACCCAGAACAUGCUGUCUGUACCCUCCACAGGCAUCAUGACAGCAGCGGGUCUGGUCAUCACGACUCCUCAGGGAACACUCGUCUCUCCCACCUCGUCUCAGUCAUUUGUCUCUGGUCAUCCAGCAACGACCAUGAUUGUUUCAGCACUCCAUUCUUCAGACAAAAAAGAAGGGGAUGGGACUUCCCAUGUGGUUGUGAUGCCAGCGCCCUCCAAACGAGGCAGAAAGAAGAAGACAACUCUGUCCAGGGUCGGCCCUGUGGGGGGACCAGGAAAUGAGACUCUAAUACUGGCUCAUCUGACAGCCGGCGGCCAGGUGACAUCUUUGCAGCAUCAUACUGGAGACCCAUAUGACCUGUCAAAUGAAGAGGAAGACCAUGGCCCAAAAGAUAGUACAAAGACAUACAGGUGCCGGAUGUGUGCGGCGACCUUCCUCAGUAAGUCUGACAUGCAGAUCCACUCCAAGUCGCACACAGAGGCCAAACCUCACAAGUGUCCUCACUGCGCCAAGUCAUUCGCCAACUCCAGCUACCUGGCCCAGCACAUCCGCAUCCACAGUGGGGCCAAGCCUUACACCUGCUCCUACUGCCAGAAAUCUUUCAGGCAGCUCAGUCAUUUACAGCAGCACACACGGAACCACACAGAGUCAAAGCCUCACAAGUGUCCCCAUUGUACCAAGUCAUUUGCCAACUCUAGCUACCUGGCCCAACAUAUCCGCAUCCACACUGGAGUGAAACCCUACACCUGCACCUUCUGCCAAAAGUGCUUCAGACAGCUCAGUCACCUUCAGCAGCACAACAGGAUUCACACUGGCGAUCGACCAUACAAGUGUAGUCAUCCAGGCUGUGAGAAAUCCUUCACACAACUCUCAAAUUUACAGUCCCACCGGCGGCAACACAACAAGGACAAGCCCUUCAAGUGCACCAACUGCAAUAAAGGAUACGUAGAUGCAGCGAGCCUGGAGGUGCACAUGUCUACACACACAGUCAAACAUGCGAGGAUCUACUCGUGUGGUCUCUGCAACCGUACUUAUACCUCAGUAAGACAAAUGUCCAUUUCUGAAGAGCAUUUCUACAUGAAACACUAUGAAUUGCCUCUCUGGCAUCAGACAGCUGGCUGCUACUUUACACCUUGUAGUCAUGUGUCCACUGUUUUCCCUCUACCUAUCCUCCCCUCAUCUCAGGAGACGUAUCUGGUGAAACACAUGGAGAAACACAACCCAGACCAGUUGACUGCACCAGCACUUGUGGCAGCACAGUCGGCACAACAGAACCAGAACCAAAGCCAGGGCCAGGCAGAGAGAGCAGAUGGAGGAUCGAGCCGACCUGGGGGACCUGGGAGUGGAGGAGCAGGCGGAGGCCAGCAGGGACAGAGCCAGAGCAACUAUCCCCAGACAGAAACCAUUUCCUGUCCAUUUGAUAUGCACCAGUAUAAGACAGUGUCUGCCAGUGACAUCCAGUACAAACCAGUCAGUGUAGCUGACCUUACUUCCCACAAGGACCUCUGUCUCACUGUGUCAGCAUCCACUAUUCAAGUGGAGCACCUCAACUCUUAGAGGUGAUGAAAGGAGGGAGUUUGGGGUGGGGGUGGGGAAGUUGAAAUUAGUUCAAGAAAUGGAGGAUGGAGAGUCACAGGGAAAAAAAAAGCAAUACUUGGAUAAUACGAGAACUUUUGAACACACAAAUGACUGUGCCUGAAUGAUGGUUUGAGGCAGACAGGACAAACAAUAUGGUGACACAGUAUACUGAAGGCUAUGAUUUUCUUUUUAUUAUUUUUUUUAGUUUGUCUCUUUCUUUCUGCCUUGUUUGAUUUCAUUUUGCUUAGCUGUCCUGUCUGAGUAGAAAGUGCAUGUAAAGGCUGCAAUAAAGUAUGUUUCAGUCCAUCACAGUGAUGGUUUUAUGAUGGGGAAGAGAGUCAAAGAGACAGCACUUCUCUUUAUUGUUGUUUUAUCACCUCCUGCUCUUCCCUAUAAAUACAGCUUUGGCCAUAGCAAUUUAUGGCUCUUCUGCUGAUGAAAUUGGUAGUUGACUGUGAAGGUAAAUUUUUUAUACUUUCCUACGGAGACUUUCAGUUUUUACAUCAGUGUUGAUACCUCUGCUAUGUUGUAAAAUACAUGCCCACAGUUAAUUCUUUUUAACCUUAAAAGGGACAUAGAGGUUAUUUCCUUUUCAGGAAAGAAAAAAUAUCAAUCAGGUAUAUAUAGAUAUAUACUACCAGUUUAUGAAGUAUGAUUGUGUGUUUAAAGGAUGUGGUAAUCCAUAUAACCUACUUAGACCCAUUCGCAGGCCUCCACAUGACCUUCAGGGAAGUGAUGAGCUGGUUCACAUUUCAUGUAAUCCUAUUGUACUGCUUUGUGUCUAUGUCCUGAAAGUAACGUUAUCCAAAUGUGUUCUUGCUAUUAUACUUCCACGAUGACAAUGUUUAUAAUACUUCUUUGAUGACAUACUGACACAUCUGAAAUUUGUGUUUUUUCGGCUUAUAAUACAAUAAACCCUCUGAAAUGUU